GGUGCCUGGCCCAAGUCGGCGUGGCAAGUCCGCAUGUUUAGUAGUCAACGUGCUGCAGCAUCAUUCUGUGUGCUACGGUUGUUGAUAGUUGACCUUUUCUACUCGUCGUUGGCCACUUGGACUUCACAGCCAUGCCAUCAGUUCCCUUGUCUAAAGAUAGCCCUGUCAAGAGCUCCAUCUGCCCCCAUGCCACCAAGCUGCACCACCACACCAACGGUGACGCCAAGCUGCGGGAGGGCUGGCUCCCGCUGAAGGCUGACACGGCAGCUGCGGGGGAGGACACCGCAGAGCCGAACAGCGGCAUUCAGAGGAAGUGGAUCCGACCCGACCUCCCCAGCCGCUGCAAGUGGAGCCUUGAGGCCUCACAGGCAGAAUCCCCUCAUGCUCAUGUCCCCAGGACGGCGUCACCGACCAUUCUUCCAAACAUCCUGCACAGGAUUGGUGACACGCCCAUGGUGCGGAUCAACAAGAUCACCAAAACAUUUGGACUCAAAUGUGAAAUAUUGGCCAAGUGUGAAUUCUUCAACGCCGGCGGCAGUGUCAAAGACCGGAUCAGUCUGCGCAUGGUGGAGGAUGCCGAGAGAGCAGGGGUCCUCAAGCCGGGAGACACCAUUAUUGAGCCCACCUCAGGCAACACCGGCAUCGGAUUGGCUCUGGCUGCAGCGGUGAAAGGCUACCGCUGCAUCAUCGUCAUGCCGGAAAAAAUGAGCAUGGAGAAGGUGGACGUCCUGAGGGCACUCGGAGCCGAGAUUGUGCGCACCCCUACCAGCGCUCGCUUUGAUUCCCCGGAAUCCCACGUGGGAGUUGCCUGGCGCCUGAAGAACGAGAUCCCCAACUCCCACAUCCUGGACCAGUACCGCAACCCGAGCAACCCUCUGGCUCACUACGACACCACAGCGGAAGAGAUUCUGGAACAGUGCGAUGGCAAACUGGACAUGCUGGUGGCAGGAGCUGGCACUGGAGGAACCAUCACAGGUGUUGCUCGCAAGCUAAAGGAACGUUGCCCCGACGUCAAGAUUGUGUGUGUCGACCCAUUAGGCUCUUGCCUGGCAGAGCCAGAAGAACUGAACAAGACGGAUAAGACCCAGUAUGAGGUGGAGGGCAUUGGCUACGACUUCAUCCCCACCGUGCUCGACAGAUCAGUUGUCGAUAGCUGGUAUAAGUCCAACGACGAGGAGUCAUUCAACAUGUCUCGUAUGCUGAUCAGGGACGAGGGCCUGCUUUGUGGAGGGAGCUCUGGCACUGCCAUGGCCGCCGCUGUCAAUGUUGCCAAAGACUUGAAAGAGGGCCAGCGCUGUGUUGUCAUCCUGCCGGACUCGGUCCGAAAUUACAUGUCCAAAUUCCUGAGUGACAAAUGGAUGGUGCAGAAGGGCUUCCUGAGCGAGGAGGACCUCAUGGUGAAAAAACCCUGGUGGUGGAACCUUAAUGUGCAAAGUCUCAACUUGUCUGCUCCUCUCACCGUCCUGCCGACUGUCAGCUGCCAGAGGACUAUCAAAAUCCUCAAAGAGAAAGGCUUCGACCAGGCGCCUGUGGUGGAUGAGUCAGGGUUAAUCCUGGGCAUGGUGACGUUGGGGAACAUGCUGGCCUCCAUACUUGCUGGGAAGAUCAAGCUGUCAGACCCGGUCAACAAAGUGCUAUACAAGCAGUUCAAGCAGAUCCGUCUGCUCGAUAAUUUGGGAAAGUUAUCCCGCAUUCUGGAAACGGAUCACUUUGCCCUGGUGGUCCAUGAGCAGAUCCAAUACUUGACAGACGGCUCUCCGAGUCUAAAGCAGAUGGUCUUCGGCGUGGUAACUGCGGUCGACCUGCUCAACUUUGUCACCGGCCGUGAGCGGAGAGAGCGGUCUCUCUCCGAGUCGACGGACGAGCUGUGACUGUCACACACACACACGAAGCGCGAUUGUAAACUUUCUGCAGCAGCACGGUGUGCACCCGCGUGCUCAGUUAAUUUGUCUAAAAAAUAUUCUCGGGGGUUUUUGAUUGGGAUUCCUUUUUUCAAAUCUUGUUUAUGUUUUUUGUGUACUUGAGUUGUUGCUGUCAAAUGAAGUAAGCUUUUUUAAAGUUUGUUACGCUGCUCAUGGGCCGUUUACUAUUUGAGGCAUUUAGCUGUUACAAAGUAAAUCAAGUAAAUCAAAUACACCACAAACAUUUAGGCCUGUUUUUUGCAGGAUGAUGGUGGCAUCAGAGUCCAAAAUCACGAUUAAACGGGUUGACAUUUAUUUUAGGUAAUAAAUAUUCCAAGUUAAAUUGUAAAUUGCUGCUUGUGCUUUGGGUCUAAAUAUAUGACAAGGUGUAAGGUGUAUCCUGCUUUCAUCGCAGUGCCAGUUAUUUGAAGUGAUGGGGGGGGGGGGGGGGGG